AUGACAGAUUCCGAGGAGAUCGAAGAGCGGGUGGGCGCUCUCAUUGGGCUUCUGAAAGGCAAGGAUGACGCCAAGAUCAAGGCCUGCGGCGAAAAGAUCGCGAAUGACGCCUGGGACAAUGAAGCCUGGUUUGAGCCGGAGCAGAUGUCGGACAUGCUUCACACCUGGCUGGAUGCUUGCAUUGCGGGCCGUGACGACGAGGUCCUGGACGUGACGGCCAAAGCCCUGCAAUUCAGCAAGGUGGAGGACGGCUCCGUUCAUCCGAAGCUGCCCGAGAUCUUCCAGAAAGUGACGAAAGCCCUGCACAAGCCCGGGGCGAAGCACAUGGAGUACAUGUUCAACCUGCGAGUGCAGCCGAUGAAAUUCACCGGGGACCCCAAGCUGUAUCCAGUGCUGGCCGAGUGCCUGGAACACGAAAAAGCGGACAUCAUCCACGACGGCCUGGAUCUCAUUUGUUCCAUGGCCUUCAUGCAUAUGUACGACGGCAUUCCGGACGAGGAGGCGGCAGCGAUCUUCAAGGACUUGGUGGUCCCCCACGCCAAGUUUCUGCUCAGCUUGCUGCCGAAGUACAAGCCUGGCGACAUGGAGAUGUCCAAGAGGCUUGCCAACAAGCUCUCCUACGCGCGAAACCUUUUCCAGUCGGCGUUCCUUUUCUGCACCCAUUUGGCGCUGCGCCCCAAGGACUUCCCAAAGGCCAGCGCAGCCAUCGCAGUGCCCACGCUGGUCAUGGAGCUCCAGGAGAAGGUCGCAAGCCUGAAGCCCAAGCCCAAGGAGCAGGACCUCAAGGAGCAGCUGAAGAUGUUCGCAGAGGGCUGCACCCAGCUGCUGAGCCAAAUGCCCAAGCCUGCCGCGGGCAGCUCCACGGAUCCCCUGAAGGAUGCCCAGCAGUACCUGAAAGCUUUGGGCACCGUGAGCGACUCCGAUUCCCUGAAUGGGAUCUUGAAGAUGAUGAUGAGCAGCACGGAUCCAAAGGUUCUUGAUCUUGUCUUCCAGAAGAGCAGUAUGGACACUCUCUUCAAAGCCCUGGAGCGAGUGAAGCGGGACGACACGAGCGAAGUGAACCGAACCUUUUCUGCGCUGUUCGUCUUCGCCGCGGAGCAUCGGCCGAAACUCGUGGAUGCCGUGGGCGACAGGAUGCUGGACGUGUACAUGUCGAUCAACCCGGCCUGGAACAACCCUAGGAUCUUUGUGGAUGCGCUGCUGACGCACUGCCCCAGCACCGCCGCCAAGCUCUGGACCAAGAUGCCGCUUUGGAUGAAGGCCAUCCACUCGGCCAAGGGCAGCGCCAUGAUGGACGGUGUGCUCUACCAGGUACUUCAUGCCAUCGAGGGCCUGCCGAAGGUGUUGGAAGGAAAGGAGCUGGAAGAAUUCUGCAAGAAGAACAUCGAGAUUGCGAACUUGGGCAAGGGAACAACCAUGGAAGACAGCGUCAAGAGCUCUGCAGUGGUGGCCAUGCGUGGAGUGGUGUCGAAGGACAAGGCCCGCAUUUCCAAGGAGGUUCUCGACUGGGUCCAGGUGCUGAAGCAGGGCGAGGGCUACACCAAGAGCGCCGCGGAGGCCUUCAUGGACCUCUACGAGGGCCGCAGCCUGGAGGGCGCCUAUGAGCAGAUCAACCAGCUGAAUCUCAACUUCAAGGAGGCAUGUGGAGACAUGGAGAGCCUGAAGAAGUAUGUGGAUGACAACGUGUCGGAUCUCAAGGAUUUCAUCGCAUCGGUGGCAAAGAAGCUACCUAUGCCUGUGAAGUUUACCUCCGAGGAAAAGUACUUGGUGAAGAAAGCCAUCCUUCUGCACUUCGAGUGUCAAGCGCCGAUCCCGAGCCGCUACUGCGCUCUGCCGCAGAAGGCCACCUACACCACCGAGACCCAGGAGUGGGCCCGGUGGCUGAAGAUGGGGCUCAGCGCCGCGAAGCUGGGGAAGUCGGUUCUGAGUGCGGAAGCCAUUACUGACCUGCCUGGCGUGGUGGAUCAAGUCAAGGGGCUCUACAGUAUGUACAAGAAGGAUGAUGGGGAAGACUUUCUGACCUUCAUCUCCGAGCCAUUUCUGACCUCCAGCGAGCAGGACAAGCUGCUGAACCAGCUCCGGGCGGCCGCCUUCUUCGAGAAGUUCUGCUACGACAAUCAGAGUGCCACCUGGCUCUGCGCCAACUGUCAUGCCAUCUAUUUGAAGGCGGGGGCCAACCGCAGCCAAGCGGCCCUGGAAGCGGCUGCAUCUGAGGUGCAGUUGCCGAUCCCCAGCUGCCGCAUGGAUGGUCCGGCCGCCUCGCUGCAGGACCGUGCGCAGGACACCGCGGGCGCAGUCCUGGAGGUGAAGAAGACCACCAUGGCCUGCUGCGAUCUCUUCGGGUUCAACAUUUGUGCUCCUUCCGAAGAGGAAAUCGAGGUGAAGUGA